UGAUCUGUGCUUCUUUGGAAGCUGGUGUACGGGGCAACAGCAACAGCAAACAUCGACUGAGCUAAUCACAAACAGACUUGUCACUCUUCCGAAAUUACGUCCGAGAUUAAUAUACCAAAAUGACUUCUUGCGCUUCGCCUUCAGACCUGAUCAAGUUUGUGAGUGACCCCAACAACUGGCCCUACUUGGCAACGGGCGGAGUUUCAACUGCAGCUGUGCUGUAUUACAUGGUCCCUAGGCUAGUGCCGCCAGAUAGCAACAGACCUGGACAGAUUGGAUAUCACAACAGUAAAGCCUCAUCAUCCUUAUCAUCAUCUGCACCACACUUCAAAGGCACCGGCAGAAUGGGCAAUGUUCUGAGGACAGACGGCAAGCCCCUUCAAUCAGUAGAAUACAAACCUGUGAAGUUGCCCGACAAAUUGACAACCAUGUUGCCGGGUCCCGAAAGAAUCCGGAUUUCGUGUCUGUGCAAAGAUGGAAAAGUGUCCGAUAGUUGGAUCCCAGAUCUCCCUUCGCAGACCAUGUACGACCUGUUCAUGGUUGGACAUAAGCUCUCGGGGGACAGUCCCUGUCUCGGGUACCGAGAGAGACGAAUAGAAGAAACCUCAUCACGCAGUUCACGAAGUAGUGCAAACUCGUCGCCUCGGAAAACGGAAGUUUGGGAUCCUGAAUAUAGUUGGAUCACGUACGAGGAAGUUCGCUACGCGGCUCAUCUUGUCGGCUCCGGGUUUGUGAAACUCGGUUUGCCUUCGGCAGAAGAGUACAAAGUGGGCAUUUUUUCCCCAAAUAGGCCGGAGUGGGAUAUCACGCAGCUUGCAUGCUCAAUGUUCAGCUAUGUUGUAGUUCCUCUAUACGACACUCAAAGUAUAGAAGCUCAAGUGCAUAUAAUCAACCAGACUGAAUUGAGAAUCGUUUGCGUAGACAAUGAAGCUAAACUACAGAAACUUCUGUCGCUAAAAGAUCAAUUGCCAACUAUUGAGAGUCUGAUUUGUUUUGAAGAAAGUAUCGCAGAUUCAACAUGGGGUUCGAUACAAGCUGCGGGUUGGAAACUGCUCACACAUAAGCAACUGAAAGCGCUUGGUGAAGAGAAGUUGAGUCCGAUAAGUCCGUCCAAGCCAGAGGAUACUUUCAUCAUACUGUACACCUCUGGCACCACUGGAAUGCCCAAGGGAGUGGUGUUGAAACAUAAGAAUGUGGUGACAGAAGUGGAAUCCAUUGUCCGACUUUUUAGAGGAUACGACGACAAUACUACAUACCUGCCUUCUCAAAGUGACACAUAUAUCUCAUAUCUGCCAAAUGCCCACGGAUUCAACCAAGUUUGCAUGGGUGCAAUGUUUGCGUGUGGGGCCAAAGUGGGCUACUUCCGGGGAGAUGUGAAACAACUCCUAGAGGACGCCCAGGCACUGCAUCCGACCUAUUUCCCAAUGGUGCCCCGUCUAAUGAACCGACUCUACGCGGGAGUCUUGGGCAAGAUCAAAGGGAACAAAGUGAAGGAGCUGCUGAUGAAUAAAGGCUUAGCGGCCAAGAAGAAAGAAGUGAGAGCGGGUGUAUUCAGACGGAACACUUUCUAUGACAAGCUGGUCUUCUCUAAGAUCCAGAAGAUGUUGGGAGGGAGUGUGAGGUUCAUGGUUACUGGAGCGGCGCCUGUUUCCGACGAAGUGAUGGAGUUUGUCAAGUGUGCCAUGGGGGUGCCAGUAUUUGAAGGUUAUGGACAGUCGGAGUGCACUGCGGCCGCCACUCUAACCCUACCUGGCCAGUUGAGUCUGGGCAAUGUGGGGGUGCCUCUGGCCUGCUGUGAGAUCAAAUUGGUGGAUGUGCCAGAGAUGAACUACUGGGCCAAAGAGGACAAGGGGGAGGUGUGCUUCAGAGGAAACCACUGCUUCUCAGGAUACUUUAAGGACGAAGAGAAGACGCGCGAGGCGAUAGUGGAUGGGUGGGUGUUGUCGGGCGACAUAGGGGAAUGGACAGCGGAGGGUACUCUGAAGAUCAUAGACAGGAAGAAGCAUAUCUUCAAACUGGCACAGGGCGAGUACGUUGCGCCCGAGAAGGUUGAGGGAAUCUACUCUCAAUAUCCUCUGGUCGCGCAGAUAUACGUGCACGGGGACAGCUUGCAGUACUGCUGUGUGGGAGUGUGUAUACCUGACGAGACUGCCUUACGAAAUCUGGCAUGCCAGGAGGGAAUCCAAGACAGCACCCAACUCACCUUCUCACAGUUGUGCCAGACACCCAAACUGGUUCAAGUGGUGCUCAACAAACUCACAGAACACGCCAACGAAAAGAAGCUGAACAGUCUGGAAAAAAUUAGAGCCAUUUACCUGCAUGAUGAGCUGUUGACCCCUGAGAGUGGACUGUUGACCCCGACUCUGAAGUCGAAGAGGGCAGACAUGGCUAAAUACUUCAGAACACAGAUAGAACAGAUGUACGAGCGACUGUCAGAACACGACAACAAGGUCGCCGCCAAAACUGCGUCCAAGUUGUGAGCCAUGAUAAAUGGACACCUACUACUUGCGGCUCUUUUACUUUGACCCCCCCCCCCCAACGCAAAAAGAAGCAAGCGUAAACAUCAAGUUAAGGAGUAGCUAAUAGUUUUUAUCACGUUGCAUAUGAAUAGAUGGAUAAGACUAAAUAGUUUUGGAAUUAGUAUUUUUGAACAUUCCGAAUUUCUUAAGUAAUGCACGUGAAUAAAAAGUGGCGCUAUUCGACUCCCCCCAC